UUUUUUUUUUAUUUUAUUUUAUUUAACAAACAAAAGAAUAGAAUGUCAAAUCCUCCAACAAGGACUGUUCGACUGACAGUCAUUGCAGCAGAUGGUCUUCUCAAGAAAGACCUAUUUUUCAAGUUACCUGAUCCUUUUGCUGUUGUAACUGUAGACGGAGAACAGACACAUACAACCACAGUUAUGAAGAAAACAUUAAAUCCAUAUUGGAAUGAAAGUUUUGAUUUACAAGUAACAAAUAACAGUGUCAUUGCUGUCCAAGUGUUUGAUCAAAAGAAGUUUAAAAAGAAGGACCAAGGAUUUCUUGGAGUCAUUAAUAUACAAGUAUCCAGUGUUUUUGAUAUAGAGACUGGAGGAGAUGAAAUGUUAACCUUGGACUUAAAAAAAUCAAAUAAUCAUGAUACAAUUCAAGGAAAGCUUAUUUUAAACCUCUCUACAAAUGUCAAUGCUCCUAUUCGAAAUGGAACAAAUACCCUUGCAUCAGGCUCUUCUAGUCAUAAUGUUUCUUCAUCUGUCAACACUCAGCAGCAAGCAUCAACUACAGUAGCAGCAACAGCAUCAUCUAGUAAUAACAGUAGCAAUAAUAAUACCACAACCACAGCAUCCACAGCAGAACAAGAUAAUGACUUACCCGAAGGUUGGGAGCGAAGAAUAGAUCACUUGGGUAGACCUUAUUAUGUGGACCAUAACACAAGAACGACAACGUGGAAGCGACCUUCUGCAAGGACCGCACAAGAUCAACAAAAUCAAACAGAAUUAGAAAGACGUCGACAUAAUGCUCGAGGCCUUCCAGAAGAACGUUCAAAUGCGGGAGGCAGUACAACUUCUCUUGACACAACCAGUCGUCCUCAGUCAGCACAUUACUUUAGUGGACCUGGUAAUAAUCCUACUAGUAAUCCUGGUCAUGUCAUUGGCGUUCAAAACAACAUGACAACGGCAGGUUCAGGACCACUUCCUCCUGGUUGGGAAAUGCGAACGACAGCAGAAGGACGUCCUUAUUUUGUUGAUCACAACACACGUACAACGACAUGGGUAGAUCCUCGUCGACAGCAGUAUAUCAACACUAUCGGCCCUGGAUCUAACCUACAAGUCCAAGUACAACCAGUCUCUCAGCUCGGACCACUCCCCUCUGGCUGGGAGAUGAGAUUGACGAGCACAGGUAGAGUUUAUUUUGUGGACCAUAAUACAAAGACAACCACAUGGGAUGAUCCUAGAUUACCAAGUAGUCUCGAUCAGAAUGUACCACAGUAUAAGCGAGAUUUCCGUCGUAAGCUGAUCUACUUCCGUUCUCAACCUGCACUUCGUCCUGUACCGGGUCAAUGCCAUAUCAAGGUUCGUCGUGAUCAUAUCUUUGAAGACGCCUAUGCAGAAAUUAUGCGUCAAGUGCCUGCGGAUCUCAAGAAACGAUUGAUGAUCAAGUUUGAUGGAGAAGAUGGUCUCGACUAUGGUGGCCUUUCUAGAGAAUUCUUCUUUUUACUUUCACAUGAAAUGUUCAAUCCAUUCUAUUGUCUCUUUGAAUAUUCUGCACACGACAAUUAUACACUUCAGAUCAAUCCUCACUCGGGCAUCAAUCCCGAACAUUUGAAUUACUUUAGAUUUAUCGGACGUGUUGUCGGUUUGGCCAUCUUCCAUCGCCGAUUCCUGGAUGCAUUCUUUAUUGUCUCCUUUUACAAGAUGAUUCUAAACAAGAAGGUCAUGGUAGAAGAUAUGGAAAGUGUAGAUGCUGACUUUUAUAGAAGCUUAAAGUGGAUACUUGAGAAUGACAUCACAGAUAUCCUUGACUUGACAUUCUCGGUGGAUGAUGACCGAUUUGGUGAAGUCGUUACUGUUGAUCUCAAAGAAAAUGGUAGAGACAUUGAAGUGACAGAAGAAAACAAGAAAGAAUAUGUCGACCUGGUGACGGAAUGGCGUAUUUCUAAACGUGUUGAAGAACAAUUCAAGGCAUUCAAGGAAGGAUUUAACCAAUUGAUUCCUCAAGACUUGAUCAAUGUCUUUGACGAGCGUGAGCUCGAGCUGCUGAUUGGUGGUAUUGCCGAGAUUGAUGUUGAUGAUUGGAAGAAGCAUACAGAUUAUAGAGGUUAUACUGAACAAGACGAUGUCAUUCAAUGGUUCUGGAAGUGUAUACGCAGUUGGGAUAGCGAAAAGAAGUCUAGACUGUUACAAUUCACCACAGGUACCUCACGUAUUCCUGUAAAUGGAUUCAAGGAUCUUCAGGGUAGUGAUGGUCCAAGACGAUUUACUAUUGAAAAGGCUGGUGAGAUUACACAGUUACCAAAAGCACAUACAUGUUUUAAUCGUAUCGAUAUGCCACCUUAUAAAUCUUAUGAAGCACUUGUAGCCAAACUAACGAUGGCAGUUGAAGAAACAGUAGGCUUUGGUCAAGAAUAA